UCACAAUAUCUCUUCCCUCUCGUCUCGGCGUGGAUCUGCUCAUCAAUGGCUGCUCGGAAAGAAACCGGUACCGCUGCAACCGCUGUGAUGGCCUCUACGGGCGGAACACUCGACUCUCCCGUUAAACAGAUCCAGAUUGAAGGACUGGUGGUGCUGAAAAUUAUUAAGCACUACCAGGAAGAGGGCCAAGGCAGCGAGGUGGUGCAGGGCGUCCUGCUGGGCCUGGUGGUCGAGGACCGGCUGGAGAUCACCAACUGCUUCCCGUUCCCCCAGCACACUGAAGACGAUGCAGACUUUGACGAAGUCCAGUACCAGAUGGAGAUGAUGCGUUCCCUGCGUCACGUCAACAUUGACCAUCUGCAUGUGGGCUGGUACCAGUCCACCUUCUAUGGCUCCUUUGUCAGCCGAGCCCUGCUGGACUCCCAGUUCAGCUACCAGCAUGCCAUUGAAGAGUCAGUGGUCCUCAUCUACGACCCCAUUAAAACAGCCCAGGGCUCCCUGUCUCUCAAAGCCUACAGACUUACUCCAAAACUCAUGGAGAUCUGCAAAGAGAAGGAUUUCACACCAGAGGGCUUAAAGAAGGCAAGCAUUGGCUUUGAGAAUAUGUUCGAGGAGGUGCCUAUCCACAUCAAAAACUCCCAUCUCAUCAACGUACUGAUGUGGGAGCUGGAAGACAAGUCCACAGUCGCUGACAAGCAUGAACUGCUCAACCUCUCAAGCAGCAACCACUUGGAGAAGAGCCUUCAGCUUCUGAUGGACAGAGUGGAUGACAUGAGCCAAGAGAUCGUCAAAUUUAACACCUACAGCCGCAACCUGAGUAAGCAGCAGCAGCAGAAGCACCAGUACCAGCAGAGGCGGCAGCAGGAGAACGUCCAGCGACAGAGCCGAGGCGAGCCCCCGCUGCCUGAGGAGGACAUUACCAAAAUGUUCAAGCCCCCCCAGCAGCCACCACGAAUGGAUAACCUGCUUAUUGCAGGGCAAGUUAACAACUACUGCCAGAAUGUGAAGGAAUUCACCGCGCAGAACCUCGGGAAGCUUUUCAUGGCCGAAGCUCUGCAAGGAAACAACUAGAGAGAGAAACGACAACGGAGGUGCAGAACCACCACCAUCGGUUGCAGGAGCAUCCAGUUUAGUUUAUCAACAAAGAAUUUCUACAUGUUUUUAUGAUAAGUCCACCCUGGACCUCAGUAAUAAUAUUCAAUUACAAGUUUUGGUUCAAAUAAAAGUGCUGCAUCUCUA